AGCUGUCCGACGGUUAUACGCUGUUUACGCCAAAGGGUUGUACACGUGUGUAUUGUUUGUUUUUAAAUCUCUGCAGUUUUUCUGUUCUAAUUUCAAAAACGAUGAACCACGCGAUUGCCGUGCUGUUGGCCGUCUCGGUGACGUUGGCCACGUGCACUACCGAUUCACGGACCGACAAGUCGCGGGUCGACGACCACAAGGCGGACGGAAAGCAGAAACGCGGCGUGUGGGGCCUGGGAUACGGCGCCGGCGGCGGAUUCUAUGACGAGGGCCCGAGCUACGGCACGCUGGGCGGUUACGGUCUAGGCAGCGCCAUCGGGUCCGGUUUCGGAGGAUACGGUUACGCGCCACGUCACUACCCUACGCACGUGCACACGGCCACUACGAUUACCAAGAGCGUGCCAGUGCCGCAACCGUACCCGGUGACCGUCGAGAAACACGUCCCGUACCCGGUGGCCGCUCCGUACCCGGUCGAGGUGCCGAGACCGUAUCCGGUUGCCGUGCCCAAGCCGUAUCCCGUGGCUGUUGAAAAACCGUAUCCCGUGCACGUGGACAGGCCGUACCCGGUGCAUGUGCCUCAGCCGUACGCCGUACCCGUAGUCAAGCACGUCGGCGUCCCGGUGCCGCACCCGUACCCGGUCGAGGUCCACCGGCCGUAUCACUCGCUGCCACUGCCCUACCACAAGCCGCUGUACUCAGACCACGAUCUGUGGUAAACUGCAGAGAGCCGUCUGGCGACUUACGCAUCGUUCGUUGUACAUAAUAUAUACCCGUCUACACACGUCAUCUACGGAAUUGGCGUCUUUGCCAUACAUAAUGCCAUUGGACUUAAAUACAUGUGAUGGAUUCAUAUAAUUAACCGUGUACAACACAAUAUCGCUCAUACAAGAUAUACAUCAUACACAUCGGGCAUACUUAUUUCACGCUGACCGCCUACGAUCCUCUACCAUAAUGAAUCAAAUGUCGACGGCCCUUCCGAUGCCCCCACAUAUUUCUUCCACGGUUUCCGCGUUUUUUUUUUUUACAUCCAUUGAUUUAUGUCUAAAAGUAAACGUAAUGUAAGUAUAUAUUAUAAUGUAAAAAUAUCGUUUUAUCAUUUUUAUGUAUUGUGAAUCAUACGAAUCUAUAUAAUAAUGUUAUUGCUGUAUGUAAAUGAAAAACUAAAAUCAUAUUUGUGA